GCCACGUCCAUCCCUUGCGCUUCCUCAAGAUAUGCGCAGCUGCUUCGACUCAUAAAUCCUUUUAUCUGGUCCUAUUAGAACCUUAUCCUUCUUUUGUCCUCCUACCACCACCUCGCCUCGUCACCACCCACGUAAUAUCUACUCCUCGCACGACUUUCAACGACCAUACGUGUUCCAAUGUCGACAGCACACCAACAAGCUGGGUUCGUCGACCCCGCUUCCCUCUCCCUGCCCUCCGCGGCAGCUUCCCCUUCCUCCCUCAAGAGGUAUUCAUCUGUCGAGCCAGAGAGAGACGACUCUCCAGAGCCUUCAACUUCGACAGAGCCCCCUCGCAAACGUCCCCGCUCCGCAGUCACCCCGGAGGAGCGCAAGGAGGCCCGUGCUCACCGUAACCGGAUAGCAGCACAGAACUCCAGGGACCGCCGUAAAGCCCAGUUUUCGUACCUUGAACGCAGAGUAACAGAGCUCGAGGAGGAGAACAGACGCCUCCGCGCCGGCAUUCCCGCGCCGCCCGAAGCUCCUACUUCAGACAGCGACGGUGACUGUGAACGCAAGUCGGAAGACGACCGACGGGAACAAGAGAACCAAGAGCUCAGAGAGCGCAUACGGUCUCUCGAGAAGGGCUACGAGGCUGUUGUCAAGGCGCUAGCCGCCCAAGGCACAGUCAACGCCACCUCAUCAGGCGCUGGCCCUUCAUCAUCAUCAUCUGCCCCCCUUUUGUCUUCCGCCCCAUCCCCCGCCCCUUCACAGCCGAUCCAUGCCGCUCCGUCUCCCGCAUCCUCAGCGGACCCGAGCUCUCUCCUUAGCUCGGCGGCUUCACUGUCCCCGACGCACACCAACUCUACGCUCGUGGACAGUCCCUCGGUGUUCCCCAAGGACUCCUUCGACUUCUCUCUCUCCCCCGUCUUCACGCUCAACACGAUCAAUGACACGACGACCUCUCCCCUUGGAUCAGACCUCUCUCAAUCCCAUGCUCCUGCUCGCCAUCUAGCACGGAUGGCGACCACUAAUGCACAUGUAUUAGUGCCCCAGCAGCGGGUGGGCAGCACGCGGCUUGCAUUGAGUCGGCCUCUGGGUCAGAGUUGCUCGGCCGUCAGUUUGAGCAUGAAGACGAAGCAGCGUCAGAUGCAGCCAUCACGCAGCUGUUCGCUGAAAUACUCGCGUCGCCGCCGAGUGGCGCUAGCGCACUUCCUGGCGAUGGCCUUGCGUCAUCGCCUGCGCUCACGGAGACAGUGAAGCCUGGCCUGACUGAGACGUCGACGGCCGGCAAGGACAGCGCCACUGGCGCUGGCCUGGGACUGCAGAUGAGCCCCUCGGACUGGGUGGAUCAAGUUCGCGCUGAAAUGGAGAUGGAGCAACUUCUUGGGAUGCUGCCGGACGUCUCGUCCGUGGACGUCGACAUGAAACUAGAAGGUCUCUUUGACAUGGACACCGACAUCAAUACUUCACUGGAACAAGGCCUUACUGGGUGGGACAGCAUCGGCGUUUUCUAAAUCUAGAGCCUGCUGGUCCCAUGAUCAUACCCCCUUCGACACCUUCUAAAACUAUCGUCGCGUCAAGCACGUCGGCUUGUAAACCUAUCCCAAGAAGCUCUCAUAAUCAUCUCAUCGCGGACUUAUAAUCAUCUAUUUAGCGAAUCAGUCUCCGGCUUGUACAUCACCUCUCCUAAUCGUCGUCUCAUCUUGCUUGGUUUUCUCUUUCUCUCUACUUUUUUCUUUGGCACUGUCUACUUUGUUAUCGUUUCCUGCCAUCAGUCUUUUACGAGCUUCUCCCUUUCCUUCGUUGUUGUUCCCAUUUCCUCAUCCUUUCGGAUCAUCUGGUCUUUUUCAUGUACCUGGUGGACGUGUAUCGAUGCUGUCUCCUGCACAGUUCCAUCUGUUUCUCCCCUUCACUGGGUUGAUGAAAUAGGGGAGCAUGUGUAGUGAGCGCUCGAUGUGCCGAAGCAAGGUACUUAGGUGGGACGGAUAUCCUGGGCGGGGUUGUGGUACUUUAGCGUAGUGAAUCGUAGGCUUACAUAGUCAGAUUGGAGUGACGAAUGCAUUGUUUUCUGUG